UGUAAUGAACCCUUAUGAUGAAUGAAAUCAACAAUUUUGCUGCUCCUUCUCACAAUCUAACAUCAAACCGCUAAAAUAUUCACCACCAGAUAAACAGUUAGAGUUCCAUGAUUAUACCUUCACCAAUUUUAAGUACACCCAGACACGUUCUGUAGAUUUGAAUAACUCUGAAAUCACACGAAAUGUUUUUCCCCCACAACAUAGUGAUAUCAUGCACUACGUCAUCCAAAGACACCCCUCCAAUAUUCAUUGUUGGGAGAAUGGUAUGUUCCUUCUGAACUUUGGACCUACCACAGCCCAGCAUGCAGCAGAACCCGGAAGUUCUCCCUUUGUCGGUGAGAUAUGAUGAGUUUUAUAUACUUUCCUACGAAGACAAAAUGGAUUUCUGGUGUAUAGGGAUACAUUUUUCAUCAAUUCAUUUCUUUGUUUGGGUGGCGGAGGGCUAAGUGUUUGGUGAUACCACUGGAAGUAGGCCUCAGGGUAGUGUCCUGGCGGAAAAAGAACUUUGAUCAGGCGAUAACACCCGUUGUAAGUCACACCCUUCACCACUGUAACGGCGAAUGUAAAUUUUAUCACAUUGAGGGCUGGGAUAAACCAUUUUCAGAUCGCUUCUGCUUGUAGUUGCUGUCAAGAGGAAAAACGAAGUUCCUGGACGGGUGAAAAUGACAGGCAAGCCCGAAGUACUUGGCGUUGGAGGCCAACAUGGUGAAAAAUACAGUCCCACAUAUGAAGACCAUGUCCAAGCAGGAGAGACUGCCCUUAAGUUGGGGGAGUUUGAUCGAGCGGAGAAGCACUUUGCCUCUGCCCUUAAACUUGUCCACCAUCAGUUUACCAACCCUCAGAUAGUUGCAGUCCUUCAGGCCCUUGGCAGUGUGUACCAUGCACGAGUGAAAAAUACUCUCAAUAACCUGACCAACACAAAUGAAAUCGAGAGGAAUGAAGUAACAUUCACAGAAAAUCCUCUUGCUGUCUCUGAGGAAGUAGCAAGUACUGAGCAAAACAAAAGUAAGCAUGUAGAAGAGAAUGAAGGACAGGAAACUAAAGGCCCAAAGCUCAAAGAGCUGAGUCUGGAUGACAUGGAGCAGACAGGCACAUGGACAGUAAAUGCCGCUGCUCUCUACAAUUCUGCAAUUGUACGAUCAAAGCAAGAGAAACAGAUUAAGGAAAUCAAGGCCAGCAUACAGAAUCUUGAAGAGCUUUUUCUCCAGUGUACUGUGGGAGGACAGAAAGAGCCACACAGUACAAACAGAGCUUUUGACCCCAGGGGAGAACUGUUACAGAUUCGUGAAGAAUGUCAAAAGAAGCUGGAUGAUCUUGACACCAUCCCUUAUGACACAGAGCAUGAACUACACAGGGCUGAGGCUAUAAGGGGCAUCUACAGUCAGAUUGCUGCUGACAUCUCAGGUCUAAUCCGGUCGAUGGUGGAAGCAUCAAUUCAAGACUUAGGAGAGCCUCCAUGCAAGUAUGCCAUCAUUGGUCUGGGGUCCCUGGCCCGGGAAGAGACCACGCCUUACUCUGACUUUGAGUUCGCCAUCUUGCUGGAGGAGGGAGGAGACGGCACAGAGAACCGUCAGUACUUCAGAAACCUGACAAGACUUCUUCAUCUGAAGGUACUUGAUUUGGGGGAAACCAUUCUUCCAGCAGUGGCCAUAAAAUCUUUGAACGACUUCUACUCAGAUGAGCCUGGAGGUGACUGGUUCUACGACGUUGGACCCAGAGGCUUUGCCUUUGAUGGCGCCAUGCCAGGUGCUUCCAAAACUCCAAUUGGUCGGCCAGAGGUUCAGGGGAAGCCAGCACUUGAGCUAAUCAGGACUCCAAAGAACAUGGCAAUUCUGCAAACCCCAGCUAAUGCUGAAAAAUAUGGCUUCCAUGUUGAUAAUGUGCUCAGAACUGUAGCCUAUGUAGCUGGAGAUAGGAAACUGGUAGAAGAGUAUGAAAGCCUGGUACAGCAAAUCCUUCUCACCAGAAAGCCUUCAGCACACCCCAAACCAUCUUUAGAGAUCAAUUCCAAUAAAGGAGGGUCUGCAAAGUCAGAAUCCCAAGUCUCCAGGACAGAGCAGCAGACAUUAGGUGUUGAACGAGCAAAGACCUUCCUAGAGGAGAUUCUCCAUUCCUACAAGAGCACUUUAAAAGAGGAUGAAGACGGAAAGCUUUUCCAGGUGAAGAAAGAACUCUACCGCCUCCCCAGUAUGGUCGUGAAUGGCUUGGGACUUUUCUAUGCUCUGGAGGCAAAGACAGCCUGGGACAUCAUUGAGGAGAUGGCUGACAAGGGCCUUCUCACCAAGGUGGCAUUGCAGAAUCUCAAGGUGGCAGUCAGCAUUGCAACAGAGCUACGACUCCGAACUUACCUCUCCAAUGACAGCCAGAGUGAUGACAUCACUCCGAUGAAACGGAUAGAUCAGGUGAAAGAUGUGACAGGUACAGGAGAAACUUGUAGUCGAGAGGUUCGUGAACUUACCAACGUUCUGCCCAAGAACGUUCUAGUGCGUUUCUACCAGACCCUGCUUCCCCUAGAAAAGACAAUGUCUGUUGUUGUGCAGAAACCUGAAGAUGAGGAUCCAACAGCUGAUUCACUAACAGGUCCAAGCUUGUCAGAAGAUUGUUUGCUAGACACCAGCACAAGGACCAAGUGUCUUAUCCUUCUACGUCUAUCACAGUACCAGGAAGCCAUUUCAUCUCUUGAGGAAGAAAUUCAUCAAGUAGACACAGUUUGCAAAACGCAGGAUCCGGACAUGAUACGUCAUCUGGGGGCAUGUCAUUACAACCUCGGUAAUGCCUACAGAGGUGAGGGGGACAACCACAAAGCAAAGGAACAUUACCAGCAAGCCCUUGUGUUGUGGAGGCAGGAGGUACAGUCUAGAAGUGUCCAGGAAUACAUAGCUCAUGCUCUGCAUGCUCUUGGACACAUUUAUCAUGUGUUCAACAAAUUUGAUCAGGCAGUUCAAGCUUAUGAAGAAGCCCUCACAUUAAGAAAGCAUCUCUAUGGAAAAGGUAGUUCAGAUAUGCAUCCGUUCAUAUCUGACACACUUCAUGGCAUGGCUUUGUUAUAUAGGGAUACAGGUGACUACCAAGAGGCUCUCAAACUUGAGAACCAAGCAUUGAGAGCAGCCAAGGAAAUGUAUGGUCAGCACAGAGCUCAUGCUGACACUGCAACCUUUCUUAGUGGCUUGGGAAGCAUUCAUCGUGAGAUGGCAAACUUCAACAUGGCUAGGGAAAGUUUUCAAGAGGCUUUAAGAAUGUUACAGUCUGUUUUGGGGGAGAAUGUUGCUCACCCUAAAAUAGCUACAGCACUGACUGCCCUUGCAAAUGUAGAUGGGCAAUUGCAAGGGUUCAGUGUUCACUGUCUCUCCAAAUAUUUCAAGGCACUUCAGAUAUAUCACAUUCUUCAUGGUACAGAAGGAAAGACACAGGAGACCGCUGUGACUCUACACAAUAUUGGCAACUGCUUGGAUGAUUUAGGUCACCUCCAGGAUUCAGAAAAGUAUCACCGUGACUCACUGAACAUGUUCCUGCACAUCUAUGGAAAUGCUGAUAACUUGCGAGUGGCAGAUUCAUACAGCGAUCUUGGUGGUACUCUUCUGCAAGAAGGAAAGAGUGAAGAGGGACUUGAGAUGAUGGAAAAGGCACUGCAGAUGAGACAAGCUGUUUUCCAAGGAAGGGAAGCCCCAGAGAUUGCAAGUUCCAUUGCCAACCUUGGAUAUGCUCACUGGACAUUGGGCAACAUUGACAAGGCAACUCAGUACACAGAAGAAGCAGUAGCCAUGGCAACAAACCUUCACAAAGUCAGCAAACUGCAUCCAAGUAUCAUCAUGCCCAUGCAGACACUUGGGGUAGUUUACAUGGAAAGGAAAGAGUGGAAGUCUGCAAAGGAGAUAUUUGAGAAGGUCCUGGAAAUGGAACAAACCAUAUACAGUGGACCACAUCCGUUAGUGGCCCAGACGUUGUGUAACAUGGGUGCUGUACACACUGAGCUGCUGGACUACAAAACAGCCCUAAAUUAUCUUCAACGUGCAGAGAGUGUCUCAGAAGAUGUGUUUGGACAAGAUGCGCAAUGUCCGCAGGUAGCAUUGAUAUUAAACAACAUGGGAAUCAUUUACAUGGAGAUGGGUAACAUUCCCCAGGCCAGGGAAUAUCUCACACGUUCUCUUGAAAUGAAAGUGGCUAUCUAUGGAGAAGAUAUCCCCCACCCAGACAUUGGUGCAACCCUUUGUAGCAUGGGCAACCUCAUGUCAACGCUUGGGAACAUAGACAUGGCUGUGACAUGUUUUGAGAAGGCCUUGAAGAAUUUCCGUGGUAGCUAUGGCAACAAGAACCAUCCAUCAAUAUCAGGUGCACUGGACAGCCUGGGUGCCGUCCUUGUUGAGAAGGGAGAUUACCAUGAGAGUCUGAGAUGCCACAGGGAGGCACUGGAGUUAAAACGACAAAUGUAUGGAGAAAAGUCAAAUGCACCCAUUGCCCAGACACUUAACAACCUGGGAAAUGUUUACAAGAGCCUGGGAGAGCACGAAACAGCCCUAAGCCUUUAUCAACAGUCUUUAGACAUUUAUGAAGAUGUGCACGGUAAAGGAACGUCACAUCCAAAAGUUGCGCAAGGUUUGGUUGGCGUUGGAAAUCAAUACGUCAACCUCGGUAAGCACCAGGAAGGUAUUCAGCUGCUUCUAAAGGCACUGAAAAUUUUAGAGGAGUUCUACGGGGUUAACACACCACACCCAGACAUAGCCAGCUGUCUCAACAAUGUUGCUUUUGCACAUGGCAAACUGAAAGAGUUUGACUGUGCAAUACAAUGCUAUCAAAGAGCAUUGGAAGUUUGGAGACAACUGUUUGGGAAUGAACACCCAAAUGUGGCCAUGACUUUGCACAAUCUUGGUUCAGAGUACUUUGCUGCUGGUGAUGCCACUAGUGCCAUGGUGCAUUAUGAAGAAGCUGUAAAGAUCUACCAGCUAUAUCCGUGCAAUCCUCAUGCACAUCUUGCGCUCUUCAACUUUGCAAGAUUUUGUCUUCAGCAGGGGAAUAAGGCCAAAGCCUUAGAAAACUACAUUGAAGGCAUAAAUGCACUUCAGCUACUACCUGGUGAUGUGUCACUCCACCCAGAGUUGGUCACUGGUCUCAAUUCUGCCGCACUGAUCCUGUUAGACGGGAACAGCUACAAGGAGGCAGCUGCCUACUGGGAAAAGGCCCUGGCUGCAUAUUCCCAGAUGAGAACAGAUCCAACUGUGGAUGUAGGGAAGAUGCAGUUCAACUUAGCAAGGUGUUACGGUGAACUUGGAGAGGUAGAAAAGGAGUGUAGUUUCUAUGAGCAGGCCUUACAGACACGGCUACUGCAGCAAGGGGAAAACAGCACCGAUGUGGGCUUGUUUCUGCUGCAUAUAGCCAAGGCAGUGCAGAAAGCAGGCAACCACCAGCAGUCUCUUAAAUACCUUCAACAGGCUGCAGACAUGUUCAGAGUGCUGACCACGCCUGAUUCUAAGAUGUUCCUGGCUGCUGUGUACAAAGGUAUGCGUGAGACAUAUCAAUCCAUGGGAGACCAGGCAAAUGCAGCUAUUUACCUGGCAGAGAUGAUGAGGACUUUGCAGUCCACUAACCAGGAGGUAGAGGAGUCCAUCUUUGAUGAGCUGUCACUAGAGACAAAAAGCCUAUUAGAGAAGUUCCCAGGAUUGAGACCCUCUCUAAAGCAGGCAGCUACCACUGUGAAGAUGCUGGAGUUCUGGAGAAAUGCCAAAGAUUUGAAUGGAGCAGCACUUCUUAUAUGGACUGACCUUGUGCUCCCAAGGAGAACCAUGUCUAAACCUGAGCUGCAGUUGUUUGGGCACUUCUUGGCAGACAUUGGAACUGCAGAACAAUUCCACAGCUACAUCAGGUUCAUGGAGACUUCUUAUGGUGACGUCAUCAGCAACAAUGUAACCUUCCGCUGUCUGGUGACCUUCGGGGAGCUGUGCGUCAGUCUGGCAGACAGCAGCGCCCUCAUGUGUCAGCAACUUGUAACUGCAGGGAUGGUGGCAAUGUUUUGUGGGUGGCUGGAGAACUUCCAGAAGCAAUAUCCACAGGACAAGAGCCGAUCUAGUUUAGUGACCAUUGCCAUCCACACCAUCCACAACUGCUGCAAGGUCUCUGAUGUCAGAGCUGCACUGAAGGACCAAAACAUCAGCUGCCUCAUGGCUCCUUAUUUGAAGGUGGAAGACAUGAGUACAAGGCUUGCAGCUGUCCUCGUCACCUCAUACUUGUCUGAUGAUGAUGAGACACCUCAGGUAGACACUGAAAUCCUGGAUGGCAUCAUUGACAGACUUGACAGGGCUCUUCAGGAAGAUUCCAGAUCAUUUGAGGGGUACUCAGCCCUGGAGCUUGUUAUGGGAAUAGGCACCCUGUGUGGCAACACUGCCAACAGGACAGCUUUCCUGGAGAGAUCAGCAGCAGCACUGGUGGAGAAACUGAUGAAGAAGACAGGAGACAAAGAAGAAGCCAGUGUAGCAACAAGCACCAUCUGUACACUCCUGGCUGACUGAUGAACGAAUAAAGGAUUGUUUUCAUGUGCCAUUUGCUAUCAGGAUAUGAGUUCUGGACCUUUAUUAUUGUAUGAUGUAAAUCUCAAACACAAAAAGAUGUAAAUAUAUAUCAUUAAGUGUGCAGUAUUUGUCUUUACCUAAAUCAUUUUUCUAUGGAGUCAUUCUGAUAUGAUAAUGUUUGCUACAAGUAACAUGAAUAUUAUCAACUGUAUCUUAUAGAACAAUAUAACCAACAGUUUUGUAUCUUGUACCUGAAAUAUCUAUGGAAGACUUUAACAUAAGUUAAAACAGAGUCUGUAUCUGUAUCUGUAUCUAUAUAGCCGGUAUAACCGCCGUUCGGCGUAACACACCAGCGUCUACAAUAUAUAGAAUAUAUAUGAAUGCUUGAGUCAUUAUAAAGUUAUGAGUGUUUCAGUUCAUGCUAACUACAGUUCCUCCUAGACCUUAUAGUCAUACCUUUGCUAAAUGGUAUUAAUUUUUGAAUGAAGCAUCAUAACAUAUUAAGUAUUUCACAUUGUAAAUAAGGUCCAAAUUUGUAUUAGAUGUCUCAGUUUAUCAUUUUCUUUAAUCAAGUAGCACAAAUUGUUCAAAAUAUGAAAAUCUUGUCAUAGCAGAGAAGGCUCUUGAGUUACAAUUACUUGUAUAAGAUUUAACAAUAAACUUUUUUUUUUCAA